UUAUGGGAAUCAAGUGUUUCUGUGAAGAUUUCGUGUUUUGCUGCUUCGGUGAAGAGUUCACGAUUGCUGAUUGAUGAGCGAGAGUUCCGAAUCAAGGGAAAGUAUGGAACGGGGCGGAGGCGGUGGAUUGCCACCAGAUAAUCGUAAGUGCUACAAGUGCGGAGAAAGCGGUCACUUCAUACGUGAUUGCGCCGAGUUCUGGCAAGCGAAGGCGCAAGGGCUUAUGUUCAUACCGUCAUCACAGGUAAACACACAAGCAUGUACGGGGAGACCCGCGGUGGUCGGCACGAAUACGAUGGCGAGACGGAGCAGAUCGGCAGAAAGUGGAAAUGAGAAAAGUGCAACGGGUGAAGAUAUGAACGCACUCAUGCGGGAAUACUUUGUGCAGAUGGCCGAAGAACGGAGACUUCGGGUCGAACGAGAAGCGGAAGAAGUAAGGUUACGACAAGAGGCAGAAGAGAGACGGAUCAAGGAGAAUAGGAGACUACAAAGGCAGGAAGAGAGACUAAGGCUAGAAGAAGAACGAGACACGCGUUUGCUACGAAUAGUAUGGAGCGAGAUGAGAAAAGACAGGGAAGAAGAAAGGGCGAGGUACAAAAGGAAAGGUAAAGGAGCUGCUAGGAUGAGUGUGCGCAAUGAGGCGAUGGAGGCUGAAAAAGAGAAGCUACGCCGCUUGAUCGCUCCAAAGAUCCUCGAACCUGCCGAAGAGGCGGAAGACGAAGAACUCCUUUCCUUAAGGAGAAUGGCGGCAAGACUCAACUUGGUGGAGAAGCGAAAACGAGGACCAGAUAUUCCCAUCGGGAACAGUCCGCCGAUGGUAACACCGGAGAAGAAACUGAAUACAAAGUUGACCGAAGAGACCAAAGCGAGAAUCGAGCCUUUGAAGAGUGAGCAGGGUGCAGAUUAUGGGUCUGCAAGCACCCCAUCGAAGAUCGACUUGUCACUCAAGCAUAUAUCAGCAUCUUGUGGCGUCGGGGGUAAAGAGAGAUUCGAACAGGAAUGUCAGAACUUCUAUGACUCCCUGUCGAUAGAGGAGCUGAAAGAAGCUUGUCGGCGCGAGAAAGUGACAUACGGCAAAAAAGAAUUGGCAAUCAGGAGGCUGGUUAUUCGAAGAGCGGCAAUAGCCUACGACCCAGUUGUUAUUCCACUGCCAUCUACUCCAUGCACAGGGACCAGAAGCACUAAGGGAGUAGUUAUCAAGGAAGUAAAAGACGUGGAAGCGGACGAAUUCUCUGACUCCGAUGAGUCCUAUUUCGAGGAGGGAUCGGAAUGAGAACUUUUUCGUCGCGACGACUAUCUUGAGAUCGCCGAAUAUAUAUGUGAACGUAGACCACAGAACAACGGGCGGAGUAAAGAUGAUGAAAGGAU